AUGUUGGCAAAGCUUAGGACAGCGGGGCGUUUUGUUGUGUUGGAGAGUUGCAGAUCAGCAGAAUUUUGUCCUGUGAAAGUAGGAGCUGUGUCUUGGGAGUGGUGGCGCAGCGGGAAGGGAACAGCGGAAGGAUGCGGCCAGGCAGUGACAGUGCGGUCAUGGAACCCUGUCUCCCAGAACGUCGUUUACGCAGCCAUGGAAAUCUUCUUUCUUCUUAAAGCAGUUGUCUUCACCAGUUGUGGAUGGAUUUGUGGAUUGGUGGUUGGGGUGGGGGCUUGUGAGGUUGGUGACGUCAUGUGGCUGUCACAUACAGCUCGUGAGUGGUGA